AGGCGGUGUGUAAGAAACCCCAACCAAUGAGAGUACGAGCCCUAAACUCCGAAACUCCCUCGGCCUGUCCAUAUAAACCCCCAUCGCUCAUCACGACUCAAACCGAAGCAGAUCACGAUUCAUCUCCGCUGCCACUCUCACUGCGCAGAACCAUGAGCAGGAACUUUUUGUCCAUGAAUGAUGAGCUCCAGAAAGGAGACUUCCUGUUAUCCAACAACCGAAAGUACAGGGCAGUCUUCCAGGAGGAUGGGAACUUUGUGGUGUACGGUUGUGGUCCUGUGUGGGCAUCCAACACUUGUGGCAUUACAGACGCCCAUCGGCUGAUCAUGCAGGAAGACUGCAACCUGGUCAUUUACACGCCCUGUAAACCCGUGUGGUCCACCAACACCAACCGCUCGGGCGUCAAGAGGUGCCGGUUGACGCUGCGUGAUGAUGGCACUCUGGUGGUGGAGAAUGAUGGGGCUGUGGUGUGGAAAUCCACCUAGUAAAAUAAAAAGUAAUGAAGUAGUCCUGUCCUGUCCUGAAGUAGAAAAGUUCUCUGAGCUUCAUUUCUGUCAGUAAACUCAAUAAAUCAGUAAGGAGCAUCA